GAAAUUUAAUUUUACUUUUUUUUUUUUGAAGCAGAGCAGUCUUAAAUGGAUCUGCGUACGCCUAGGCGCAGUGCUUAGUGCUCGCUUCUUCGUCCUUCAUAACUCUCUCUCUCUCUUUCUUUCUCUUGGAAUCGAAACGGUGCGUUUUGGCUUCGGGCAUUGGACUCCGAUCCGGUGCUACAUUUCCGUCAAUCGGAGCCGCGUGAUCAGCGUUGGAUGGGAGUUAGAUUGAUCGGCGAGGUUUUUUGGUUGAUUUGAAUGGUGAGGUGGUGGUGAGAAUAUGAACCCACUGUGCUGCAUUGCUCCCGUUUCGAUCGAUCGGGACCAGGCCGACCCGGUCACGGCGAAGCAGUCCGGUCACUACCAGCUCGGACUCGACGCGGCGGUUCCGGUUCGAAACGUCAGCUACGGCUCGAAGCCGAGCUACUCCGCUCAGGUCUCGUCGGCGGGGACCGAAUCGGACAGAGCCUCGUCCGCCGCGGCGCAACGCGAGGUUGAGGAAACGUUCUGCGAGCCGAGGGAUUCGAAGGUGUUCGGCGUCAGUGGAGGCGUCGCCGGAAUUCUGUACAAGUGGGUGAACUACGGCAAGGGGUGGAGGUCGAGGUGGUUUCUGCUGGAAGACGGCGUGCUUUCGUAUUACAAGGUUCAUGGACCGGACAAGAUUCUGAUGAGCCCGGCCAGAGAGAAAGGCGUGACGGUGAUCGGAGAGGACUCGUUGAUGUAUAUGAAGAAGGCUAAUUGGAAUAGAAAUCGGCUUGGCUUGCCGGCGAGGAGGCCGUGCAAGCCUUUCGGCGAAGUGCAUUUGAAGGUCUCUUCAAUUCGUGCCAGCAAAUCAGAUGAUAAAAGGCUUUCCAUAUUCACAGGAACUAAAACUCUUCACUUGCGUUGUUUAUCUAGAGAGGACAGAGCUGCAUGGAUUGAGGCAUUGCUGGCUGCUAAAGAUCUUUUCCCCAGAGUGUUGUCAAGCAAUGAUUUAGUGCCUUCAGAAGAUAUAGUUGUUUCAACAGAGAAGUUACGAUUAAGAUUGGCACAGGAGGGAGUUGGUGAGCCUGUUAUCAAAGACUGUGAGUCAAUUAUGCUUUUAGAAGUCUCAGAGCUGCAAAACAAGUUGAAGGCUCUUCAGAGUAAACAUGUUAUGUUGUUAGACACAUUGAGACAAUUGGAGACAGAGAAAAUAGAGCUGGAAACUACAGUAGUGGACGAAACAAAGGAGCGUGAGUCAUACUGCAGUCAGGGCAAUAGGAGACAUAGUGAUUUUUAUUCCGUCAUGUCAGAGGGCAGUGGAAGUGAUUCUGAUGCAGAAAAUGAAAGUCAAGACGGAGGAGAUGUUGAAACAGAUGAAGAUGAAGGAACAUACUUUGAUACUUAUGAUAUUUUGUCUUCAGAUGCUUUAAGAAGUGCAUCCUACCGGAGUAGAGAAGAUGCUUUAAGAAGUGCAUCCUAUCGGAGUAGAGAAGAUGCUUUAAGAAGUGCUUCCUAUCGGAGUAGGGAUGGUUUGGGAAACGGUGGUGGAGAUUCUCUCUUUUCUGAUCGAUUGCAUGCAGUUCAGGAGAUCAUGACAGUUAAAUAUCCAUCUGUGAAAAGGAGGGAUAAUUUGCCAGAACCAAAGGAGAAAGAUAAGCCUAUUGGCUUGUGGUCAAUUAUCAAGGACAAUAUUGGAAAGGACUUAUCUGGAGUUUGUCUUCCUGUUUAUUUUAAUGAACCACUCUCUUCAUUGCAAAAGUGCUUUGAAGAUCUGGAGUAUUCCUACUUGGUAGAUCGAGCAUUGGAAUGGGGAAAGCAGGGGAACGACUUGAUGAGAAUUCUCCACGUUGCAGCUUUUGCUGUAUCUGGUUAUGCAUCAACAGAAGGUCGGCAGUGCAAACCCUUCAAUCCUCUCCUGGGGGAGACCUAUGAGGCUGAUUACCCGGAUAAAGGACUUCGUUUCUUUUCUGAAAAGGUGAGUCACCACCCAAUGAUUGUUGCCUGUCACUGUCAAGGAAGAAAUUGGAAAUUUUGGGCUGACUCCAACCUUAAAGGCAAGUUUUGGGGGCGUUCUAUACAGCUUGAUCCUGUGGGUCUGCUUAACUUGCAGUUUGAGGAUGGGGAAACAUUUCAGUGGAGCAAGGUCACUACUUCCAUAUACAAUAUCAUACUAGGGAAAAUUUACUGCGACCAUUAUGGCACCAUGCGCAUCAAGGGAAGUGGAAAUUACUCAUGUAAGCUAAAAUUCAAGGAGCAGUCUAUCAUAGACCGAAACCCACAUCAGGUUCAUGGAUUUGUUCAAGACAAUCGAACUGGAGAGAAAGUAGCAAUGUUGAUGGGGAAGUGGGAUGAGGCAAUGUACUAUGUUCUAGGAGAUCCAACUACAAAACCAAAGGGUUAUGAUCCAAUGACAGAGGCUGUGCUGCUCUGGGAAAGGGAAAACUACGUUACCAAGACAAGAUAUAAUUUCUCUUCCUUCGCAAUAUCCCUGAAUGAGUUAACACCUGGACUAUUGGAGAAAUUGCCUCCAACAGACUCGAGGCUGAGGCCAGAUCAAAGACAUUUAGAAAAUGGUGAAUAUGAAUUGGCAAAUGCAGAAAAACUAAGACUUGAACAGCUACAGAGACAGGCGAGGAAGUUGCAAGAGAGGGGCUGGCAGCCAAGAUGGUUUCAAAGAGAUCAGGACGGUUGUUAUAAUUACACGGGUGGGUAUUGGGAAACUAGGGAGAAAAACAAUUGGGAUGGAAUUCCUGAUAUUUUUUGCCAGAGCAGUGAUACGCCCUCAAGUUCUGUUGAAGAGUAAAGGCAUCUCGAGCUUGAUCAUACUCCCCUUGAUUUCUUCCCAUUUUCUCAACUGCUCCCCUUGCUCUAAAUUUGAGUUCAAUGUAGGCUGUGCUAUAAGAAAAAAGAAACUACUUGAUUUGGUAAUGAUAAUUUUCUUGAUCAACAGAACA